AUGGUUCUGUAUCUCAAAUCAAGAAACGUUUCUGGAGCUUUCUCUGCUUCUCAGUUGUCCACAGAUGUGCCUGGGAUUGUCAAAGGUGUUAUUAAUGACAUUCGUGCAAGGGGAGACGAGGCAGUUCGCUUUUAUUCGGAGAAAUUUGACAAAUGGUCACCGCCAUCUUUCAGACUAUCAAGCGCUGAGAUCCAAAAGAUCAUUGCAACUGUCCCAAAGGCCACUUAUAAUGACAUUAUCACAGUUCAGAACAAUGUUCGCACGUUCGCACUUGCGCAGCGCAAGUCCUUGACGGAUUUUGAAAUGGAGAUUCGACCCGGUGUUCAUUUGGGACAGAAGAAUAUCCCAAUUGGUUCGGUGGGAGCUUAUGUUCCUGGGGGGCGCUAUCCCAUGUUAGCAUCGGCCCAUAUGACGAUUGUUACUGCGAAAGCUGCUGGAGUCCCUAAGGUUAUCGCCUGUACUCCAACUAUCAGGGGGGAGAUUCCUGCAUCAACUAUUGCAUCAAUGUACUUGGCCGGUGCCGAUGAGAUAUACUUGCUAGGAGGGGUCCAAGCGAUUGCAGCAAUGUCCAUUGGCACCAGCACAAUCGAAAAAGUUGAUUUCAUUGCUGGGCCUGGAAAUGCGUUUGUCGCUGAGACAAAGCGUCAACUUUUCGGCGAGAUUGGCAUAGACCUACCUGCUGGUCCAACCGAAGUUCUCAUUGUGGCUGAUGGCAAAGCUUGUCCAACAACCGUUGCUACGGAUCUUCUCUCUCAAGCAGAACAUGGACCAGAUACCCCAGCUAUUCUCAUCACGACUUCAAAGGAAGUAGGAGAGCAGUCAAUCAAGGAACUUGAAAGGUUAUCAAAGAUUUUGCCCACUGCAGAACUGGCUUCGGUAUCAUGGAAUACUUUUGGCGAGGUUAUCGUAGUUGGCUGGCUAGACGAGGCAUAUAAACUUGCCGACACUUUCGCCUCCGAACAUGUUCAAAUCUUGACUGAAAAUCCCCGGGAAGCUUUAGAGAAAAUGAGCAAUUAUGGGGCUCUCUUCCUAGGAGAAAAGACUUGUGUAUCCUACGGCGAUAAGGUCAUUGGUACAAAUCAUGUGCUGCCUACGAAGAAAGCAGCUCGCUUCACUGGAGGGUUAUGGGUUGGGAAGUUUCUCAAGACGGUCACAUACCAAGAGGUGAGAUCACAUCAGGAAAGCGGCGAGUUAGGCCGACUCUGUGGGCGUGCUGCUCGAGCAGAAAAGUUCGAAGGCCAUGCUCGCUCAGGUGACUUGAGAGCAUACAAAUACCUCAAAGACCGCUUUCACUGGCUUUCUUCAGGUCGCCCUGACACAAGCCCUAAGAUAUAG